UUUAGGCACAACUAAUGAAGAGUGAAAGUUAUUUAUGCGACUACACAGUUCAAAAAAGUGAUGUAAUUUUUUUAUGCGAACUAAGGAAACCGAAAGAGGUUGCUACAUAGGACACCUCUGACUGUCUUUUCGGCGUAAAUUGCAACGCAUUCUUCCGAAUCAUCUGUUCCAAGGUUGACGACUCGUUUCCACUUCUUUUGGGACCAUGUUCUACGCUCAUUUUGUUCUGAGUAAGCGAGGGCCGCUGGCCAAAAUUUGGCUGGCGGCCCAUUGGGACAAGAAGCUGACCAAAGCCCACGUAUUUGAGUGUAAUCUGGAGAGCAGUGUGGAGAGUAUCAUCUCGCCCAAGGUCAAGAUGGCACUUCGAACUUCAGGACAUCUUUUGUUGGGAGUAGUUAGAAUCUAUCACAGAAAAGCCAAAUAUCUCCUUGCAGACUGUAAUGAGGCAUUCAUUAAGAUAAAGAUGGCUUUUCGUCCAGGAGUGGUUGACUUGCCUGAGGAAAACAGAGAAGCAGCUUAUAAUGCAAUUACCUUACCUGAGGAAUUUCAUGAUUUUGACCAGCCAUUGCCUGACCUAGAUGACAUUGAUGUGGCUCAACAAUUCAGUUUGAACCAGAGUAGAGUGGAGGAGAUUACAAUGCGAGAAGAAGUUGGAAACAUCAGUAUCCUCCAAGAAAAUGAUUUUGGUGAUUUUGGAAUGGAUGAUCGUGAGAUGAUGCGAGAAGGUAGUGCGUUUGAGGAUGAUGACAUGUUGGUAAGCACCAGCGCGUCCAACCUCUUACUGGAACCGGAGCAGAGCACCAGUCACCUGAAUGAGAAGAUCAACCACCUGGAAUACGAAGACCAGUACAAAGAUGACAAUUUUGGAGAGGGAAAUGACGGUGGUAUUCUGGAUGACAAACUUAUCAGUAAUAAUGACGGAGGAAUCUUUGAUGACCCUCCUGCCCUGUCUGAAGGAGGAGUGAUGAUGCCAGAACAACCAGCACACGAUGAUCUGGACGACGAUGACAAUGUGUCAAUGGGUGGACCGGACAGUCCAGAUUCAGUAGAUCCAGUUGAACCGCUACCAACUAUGACUGACCAGACAACUCUCGUUCCAAACGAAGAGGAAGCUUUUGCUCUGGAACCCAUCGAUAUCACUGUCAAGGAAACAAAAGCCAAGCGGAAGAGGAAGCUGAUUGUGGACAGUGUUAAAGAGCUGGAUAGCAAGACGAUUAGAGCCCAGCUAAGCGAUUAUUCUGAUAUCGUGACUACUUUGGAUCUGGCACCACCAACCAAGAAAUUGAUGAUGUGGAAGGAAACCGGGGGAGUGGAAAAGCUCUUUUCUUUACCCGCUCAGCCUCUGUGGAACAACAGACUACUGAAGCUCUUCACACGCUGCCUCACACCUCUCGUACCGGAGGACCUCCGGAAGAGGCGGAAGGGCGGCGAGGCCGACAAUCUGGAUGAGUUCCUCAAAGACUUUGAAAAUCCAGAGGUGCCGAGAGAGGAGCAGCAGCAGCAGCAGCAGCAACAGCAGCAGCAGCAGCGAGACGUUAUCGAUGAACCUAUUUUGGAAGAGCCGAGCCGCCUCCAGGAGUCGAUGAUGGAGGGCAGCAGGACCAAUUUGGAUGAGUCCGUCAUGCCCCCGCCUCCACCUCAGACCGGAGUCAAACGCAAAGCCCAGCAAGUGGAGCCAGAACCUGCGUUGCCUCCUCAGCCGUUGCAGCAGUUGGAAAUGCCCCCUGUGGAACUUCCUCCGGAAGAGCCCCCAAAUAUCUGCCAGCUGAUACCAGAGCUAGAGCUACUGCCCGAGAAAGAGAAGGAAAAAGAAAAAGAGAAGGAGGAGGAGGAGGAAGAAGAGGAAGAAGAUGCUGCUGGUGGUGAUCAAGAUCAAGAGGAACGAAGGUGGAACAAAAGAACUCAGCAAAUGCUUCAUGGCCUUCAGAGAGCGCUCGCUAAGACCGGAGCGGAGUCCAUCAGCCUGCUUGACUUGUGCAGAAAUACGAACAGAAAGCAGGCGGCGGCGAAAUUCUACAGCUUCUUGGUACUGAAAAAGCAGCAGGCUAUCGAGCUGACGCAGGAGGAACCCUACAGUGACAUCAUCGCCACCCCGGGACCCAGAUUCCAUAUCAUCUGAAUGGCUGGUGACAGCGGAGCUAGUGUUAAUUUCACUAGGGCGUAUUGCGUAUUGCCCCCGUGUGUAGGGCACGCCAGGCCAUUGCAGAAAUUGAAAUCUUAUCGGCUGUACAAAGUCUCUCUCUCUUCCCCUUCUCCACUCCUCCCCCCCCCCACCGCCCGCCACUUUUUGAUAUUUUUAAAUUUGCCGUCGUCAUUUUUAGGGAAACUUGCUGGGGUGGGCUGUCGUGUUCCGGUGAAGAUGCAGGUACCUCCGGGUUAAACGCCAGACCGUUUUAACCGUUCAAGAGCAGACGUGUGCAGUGCUGGAGCACGUCAUGUUGCGGAGCAUUGGAAAGUCAAGGAUUCUCUUUCAUUAUCCACCGCGGCGUACGAAUGGCCGGCCCGCCGGGGGGAAAGAAAAGAGCCCGUCAGUUUUGUCGUAAAACGCGGUCGGCGUCUAAAACGUUUUUUCUUUUCCCUCCUGCAGUCUUUUUCACUCUCUUCUUAACCGUGGAAUUUAGGCGCUUCUAGUCGUAGUGCAGUAACAGGGUUUCAGCCCCGGAGAAGAACGGAUUUAAGUAAGAGAGGCGAGCAGGUGGAUCUCGGAUGCCCCCGGUAAGUCCGCGGGACGUCACGUCGGAGUUGCCUUGGAUAGCGGGUAAUUGCGGGCCGGCCACGCCGAACGGUCUCAACCGCUACCUUGGCUGUCAGACUUGUUCAGCUACUUCGUUUGGGUGGGUUAGCCUGCACUCGAGCUCCCAACUGCAGUUUUUUUAAAGAUUUCCGUACACCUUUUUUAAAAGAUUUAAGUACGCCUUCAGAUCCUAGCAGUAAAAGCAAAUCAGAAGAUAGAAUUCCCCUCUAAGUGUACCAAAAGGACAAACUGAUGAGAACUACACACACCAGGUCAUACCUAAUUACAAGACCCCGUGUAAAAUGUAUUAUGACUUUUCUAAUAUUUAUUAUGGGUUUUAGAAUUGAUCUUUUCUCCCCCCCCAAUACUGCACACUCCUGUGUUUGAAAUAUGGCUUUGCAAGAGAAAUCCUGCACCUGGAAUCCUGUGAAAAAUCCAAAUAAAGGCUUAUUUUUAACAGCGCAGAGAGCACCCGAAAUCACGUGAAUAUAUUGAUCUAUUAAACCACGUCUUAACUUUUUUAGGGUAGAAUUAUCCGCACGAAAAGCCCCGGCUUAAUUGUUGGCGCUUUUGUGGGCGAUCCUCUUCGGAGAAUGGGACUCGAGUAUAUACCCAGUCUUGUCAAAUCACAUGCAGAUGUUUUAAAAAAUUCGUGAGGCUACGUAAUUACCAUGUUAUGAUUGAAUCUCAUGAGAGGUAAUUGUAUCAAAUCAUUACCGCAGCUUUACUUUCAACAUGAGGUGCCCGUAAAACCAUGUCUUUCCCCUCUGUAAAAAGACACUGUAGAUAAUUUGAAUGUUUAAUUAUAGAAAGGCCAUUAGGUCUUGUUACCCAUUUUGUCAGUCUGGUUUCUGUUGCUUAUCAGGUUUAAUAUUGUUCUUGAAAAUAGUUGAUGCCGUGUUAUGUAUAACUUUUCUAAUAAAAGUUGUGUUAUAAGCUGUUA